GCCCUCCACGCCGCCAGCGCCGUAGCCGCCGCUGCCGCUACAGCCGCGGGGCGCGGGGGCUGCGGUGGGCGCAACUCCGCGCGGCGCGGACUGGAGGCGAGGGGGCCGCGCCAGGCCCGAAGCCGAGGCGGGGCUGGGCCGCCCCCGCCGCGCCCGCCCUCCCUCCCGGGAUGCGGUGCUGAAGCCCAGCAUGGCCGGCCCGGGCCCCACCUUCCCGCUGCACCGGCUCGUCUGGGCGAACCGGCACCGCGAACUGGAGGCCGCGCUCCACAGCCGCCAGCACGACAUUGAACAGGAGGACCCCCGGGGGCGCACUCCCCUGGAGCUGGCUGUGUCCCUGGGGAACCUGGAGUCCGUGAGAGUGCUCCUUCGACACAAUGCCAAUGUGGGCAAAGAGAGCUGCCAGGGCUGGGCAGUCCUGCAGGAGGCGGUCAGCACUGGGGACCCGGAGAUGGUGCAGCUGGUGCUCCAGUACCGGGACUACCAGAGGGCCACACAGAGGCUGGCUGGCAUUCCAGAAUUGCUCAGCAAGCUCCGCCAGGCCCCCGAUUUCUACGUGGAAAUGAAGUGGGAGUUCACCAGCUGGGUGCCCCUCGUGUCCAAGAUGUGCCCGAGUGACGUGUACCGAGUGUGGAAGCGGGGCGAGAGCCUGCGGGUGGACACCAGUCUCCUGGGCUUUGAGCACAUGACCUGGCAGCGCGGCCGGCGGAGCUUUAUCUUCAAGGGCCAGGAGGCGGGAGCCUUGGUGAUGGAAGUGGACCACGACCGGCAGGUGGUGCACACCGAGACGCUGGGGCUCGCCCUGCACGAGCCGGAAGCGCUGCUGGCCGCCAUGCGGCCCAGUGAAGAGCACGUGGCCAGCCGUCUCACCUCUCCUAUCGUCUCCACCCACCUGGACACGCGAAAUGUGGCCUUCGAGAGGAACAAAUGUGGUAUCUGGGGCUGGCGGUCUGAGAAGAUGGAAACCGUUAGCGGCUACGAGGCCAAGGCAGGAGAGGUAUACAGUGCCACCAACGUGGAGCUGGUGACACGCACUCGCACGGAGCACCUCUCUGAUCAGGACAAGUCGAGGAGCAAAGGAGGGAAGACUCCAUUCCAGUCCUUCCUCGGGAUGGCCCAGCAGCACUCCUCUCACAGCGGGGCUCCUGUGCAGCAGGCCGCCAGCCCCACCAACCCCACAGCCAUUUCCCCCAGUGAAUACUUCGACCCCAACUUCAGCCUGGAGUCGAGGAACAUCGGCCGCCCCAUUGAGAUGUCCAGCAAAGUGCAGAGGUUCAAGGCAACGCUGUGGCUGAGCGAGGAGCACCCACUGUCCCUGGGUGACCAGGUGACGCCCAUCAUUGACCUGAUGGCUAUCAGCAACGCUCACUUUGCCAAGCUGCGUGACUUCAUCACCCUGCGCCUGCCCCCCGGCUUCCCGGUCAAGAUUGAGAUCCCCCUUUUCCACGUGCUCAACGCCCGCAUCACCUUCAGCAACCUGUGUGGCUGUGACGAGCCCCUGAGCUCGGUGUGGGUGCCGGCCCCCAGCUCUGGCUCUGCCGUCACAGCUUCAGGGAGCCCUUUCCCGUGUGAGGUGGACCCCGCCGUGUUUGAGGUGCCCGAGGGGUACAGCGUGCUGGGCACGGAGCGCAGCGAGCCCCUUCGCGAUGAGGAUGACGCCCUGCUCCAGUUCGCCAUCAGGCAGAGCCUGCUUGAGGCGGGCGCGGAGGCGGAGCAGGUGACUGUCUGGGAGGCCCUGACCAACACCCGGCCCGGUGCCCACCCGCCUCCCCAAGCCGCCGCCUACGAGGAGCAGCUUCAGCUGGAGCGGGCCCUCCAAGAGAGCCUGCGGAUGUCCACAGAGCCCAAUGGCCCAGAGUCCCCUCACAGGACACCCCCGGCCCCGGCCCCCCCAAGCUUUGAGGAGCAGCUUCGCCUGGCCCUGGAGUUGUCUUCGAGGGAGCAGGAGGAGCGGGAACGGCGGGGGCAGCAGGAGGAGGAAGACUUACAGAGGAUCCUGCGGCUCUCGCUCACGGAGCACUGAGCACCGAGUACCCGGUCCCUGGGAGGGUUGUCUGGUCUGCUCCCCCACCUGCUUUUGUAACUUAUUUAUUUAUAAACUCUCUGCUGCUAAGCUGCCGGCCCGGAGCCCUGGGGAUGGGCUUGCAUUGGAGACCAAGGUGGAAAUAAAGAGACUUUCAGCA